AUGUCGGCCCCAACUGGCGUUCGUGGCCUUCUGGCGAAAUUCGAAAACAACAACGUCAGCAACGCAUCUACAUCUCCUCCGUCUCGAGGCCGUUCUCCUGCUGGGUCAGAUCACUCGUCGACCGCACGUCCGCUGUCGAAGGUCCGCGCCAGUUUCGUCGCCGUCGAACGCAGUAUACCAGGCAGCUCGGGGUCACCCUUGCUCGGAUUGAAGAGAGUCGGCGAGGCUGGAGACUACUUCAGUGCACCAAGAAGCGUUGCAGACGAUAUGGGAAGCCCAAUCGAUAGGAACGCUACCCGGACUCCGGUAGAGAACCUGGAGAAGAUGUCCCCCAGGAAAUGGGGCACCCCCCAGCGCCAGAAUAACCUCAAUGAAGUUGUAUCACCUCGAAAGACCUCUGAUCCUAUCGUCUCUAACAUUGACUCGGGGAAGGUUACUCUGGGCGGCAAGUCGAAGCCAGGAUUGGGCGUCAUCCUGAAGGGUUCGCCCUUUGAAGACUCCAGCGCACCCCCGAGCCCGGCCAAGGGACAGUCGGCCAGACAGGCUGCUAUGCAGGUGAAGAAGGCUCCAGCAGAGGAUAAGCAGAAUGGGAAGCCCAAGACGGCUGCUGUCUCCAAGAACAAUUCCCAGCGUGCAGCCAACAACACCACAGAGAAGAGCUCAAACAAUAGACCGGCACCGAAAUCUUCAGUGACAGGCUCCAAAUCGUCUUCUGCUUCAAAGCCUGCAAAGGCUCCGGCUACAACUGCAAAGGAAACUGCGCAAUCCCAGACGAUAACUGCGACGAAGAAGCUAAACAAAGUCUUACAAGAGCCAGCAAGCAAGCCAGCAACCACUACCAGCGGCAGCAGCAGCAGCAGGCCCAAGCAGCCUGAAUCGAAGACGGCGAGCCAGACAGCCAAAUCUACUCCUAACCUCAAAAAUGGCGGCCCCAAGUCUCCUACUCGCCCAUCGCGCAUUCAUCCCGCCGUGCUGGCACCAACAGCUUCAUCUGCUGCAAAAACACCCAAUGCACCACCCUCACGACCAUCAAGCCGAACCAGUGCAGCUACCACCGCCGCUACCAACACCAAAGCUCUCAACCGCAAACCAUCAACCUUAAGACCUACCACCACCGCCGCUUCUAGAACCACGGCUACAUCUAAACCUCCCGCCACCACAACCACGGUUCGCAAACAAGGUUCCCGAGCCUCCCUCGCACCACAACAUACAUCCUCCGGUCAUGACAGGCCAACCUCCCGCUCCAGCAUCCUCAGCUCGCGGCCAGUCGACGACUCAUCUUUGGCAAGGCUCAUACGGCCAACGGCAAGCUCAGCGAACAAGAGACAGGACAAGAUGGACAUUGUCAGCCCUCCUAGACUGGCUGCCAAACCACCGGCUAGAAAGUCUUCGGAUAAGGGUGCUCCCGCUGCUCAUACCGGAAGUCCCGUGAGAGUCAAGUCAUCUCGGCCACCUGUACGAACCGCUAGCGAAGAGCAUGUCAAGCAGGCCGCUCCUGCACCGGAGAUUGUCACUCCAAAGCUUGCAGAGCCGGUAGUCGCAGAAGCGAAGCCGGUAGAGCCCGAAGUGCAAGAUGCAGAGGUUGAAGCACCAGCUCCAGUUGAACCGCUGGAGGUAAAGUCAGAGGCCCAGCCAGAGACCCAGCCAGAGACUCAACCAGAGGAGACUCCAGAGGAAGUCCAUGCAGAGGGGGUCCAGCCUAUAGAGGCUAAGCCAGAGGAAAUUCAACCAGAAGUUCAACCAGAAGAAGUUAAGCUUGUGGAAGAAGCUCCUUCAGAGGAAGAAACCAAGCCAGACGAGGCUCAACCAGAGGAAGUUCAACCAGAAGAGUCUCAACCAGAAGAGUCUCAACCAGAAGAGUCUCAACCAGAAGAGUCUCAACCAGAGGAACCUCUCCCAAAAGAAGCAGAACCAGUGGAAGUUCAGCCGGUAGCAACUCCAGCGGUUGAGGUGUGA